AUGCAUUUGCGUUCUGGUGCCAGCUCCUCCUCCCCUCCCCUCCCCAGGCGUUCUGGUGCCAGCUCCAGUUCCUCCUCCCCUCCCCUCCCCAGGCGUUCUGGUGCCAGCUCCAGUUCUUCGUCCUCCUACUCUAUCUCAGCAGCCAAGGCUCAGGUCCUCACUCAGAUGAAAGACUACUGCUCAGAUGCCAGAGAUACUGACCAUGAUGACCAACUGUCUUAUAAGAAACAGUUGAUGGAGAGUCUGCGUAAGAAGCUCGGUGUUCUGAGAGAAGCACAGAGAGGUCUCCAGGAAGAUAUACGGGCUAACACACAGCUGGGAGAAGAGGUUGAGAGCUUGGUGCUAGCAGUCUGUCAACCCAACGAGGUGGAUAAGUUCAGGAUGUUUAUCGGGGACCUGGAUAAGGUGUUCAGUCUGUUACUGUCUCUGUCUGGUCGGCUACUGAGGGUCGAGAGCUCCCUGGACAACCUGGAUGCUGAGACUGGACACCACGAGAGGCUCCCCCUCCUGGAGAAGAAGCGACAGCUACAAGUCCAGCUGUCUGAAGCCCAGGACCUGAAGGAACACGUGGACCACAGAGAGCAGGCUGUAGGAAGGGUGCUAGUAAGAUGCCUCUCCCCAGAACAGCACCGUGACUACAGCCAUUACGUCAAGAUGAAGGCAGCAUUACUGGUGGAACAGAGACAGCUGGAGGAGAAGAUCAGACUGGGAGAGGAGCAGUUAAGAGGGCUGAGGGAGAGUCUGGGGUUAGGGUUCAAGAUGUCCAUGGGGUAUGGACACUAUUAAACCAACCCAACCAGGAAACCUUAAAGCUGGGUUUCAGGAUGUCCAUGGGGUAUGGACACUAUCACAUUGACAUUCCCAUGGGAAGAGCCUCAGUCUAGGCCUGGGUCUUGGGCACUAUUGAAAGGCCAGGGAGAAGAGAAGGUUAGUGGGUUAUGGGAGAGCCUGGGGUUGGGGUUGGAGAUGGGCCUGGGGUUGG